AUGCCUCUCAAUAGGGAUCUCCUUCAUCUCUCUCCAGAAGAGAAGAGGAAACACAAGAAGUACCUGGUACAGAGCCCCAACUCUUACUUCAUAGAUGUGAAAUGCCCAGGAUGCUAUAAAAUCACCACCAUCUUCAUCCAUGCACAAAUGGUAGUUUUGUGUAUUGGCUGUUCCACUGUGCUCUGUCAGCCUACAGGAGGAAAAGCAAGGCUUCGAGAAGGAUGCUCCUUCAGAAAGAAGUGUUAUCGGUGGAAGUAG